GUCCAACGUGUGCUGCGUUCAUGGUCGUUCAAAGUGCAUUCGCGAUCCACGUUUCAGGGCAAGAUUCUGUGCGAAAGAUGGAUGUCGAACGCCCGUUUCUGUUUCUCAUGAGGUUGCAAAUGCAAAUUGGUUACCAGUGUGUGGGAGCUGAAUUUGUGAAUAAAUAAAAACGUCUGUGUGUCAGCUAUGUCAUAUUUUCCACCAGGGGUGGAGAGGGGGGGGGAGAAGGCUACAUCAAAUGACCCAGCACAUGGUGGGACGUAAACCCCUCCCCGGCCGCUCGCCUUUGGUACCAGUCUUCCGUGCUUUGUUUUCGGCCAUAGCUUUGUCUAUGUGUGAAUGGAGCCUCGUCAAAUGAUUGCGUGACAGAUGGGGCUUUUGUGUGAAAUACGACUCGCGGCCAACAUGACCUCCAGCGUCACGCGUCGAGUGGUGCGUGCGGUGGGAGUUGUCUGGUGAAAAUGCAUUGUUGUGUUUGGGGGGGGUGGAAGAGCCGUCCGGGCUGCUGCUGCCGACGCCACCGCCGCCGCAGUCGUUCUUGCUUUUCACUCGUCCGAGCGAUUCGGGCGAUUAUGACUAGCCCUUUCUGCACAAAUACUACCCCCGGGACGCGAACAAGACACCAAGCAUCUUUAUGUUCGUGUUAACAAUCGAGUUCAGUCGCCCUCUUUUGGAUGCGAACUCGGCGUACGGGAAGGGAGCCACUUAGCAGGCCCUUUCGCCAUUGCUCUGUAAGGCUGCUGUCGAGUUAACUCUAUCAACCUACAGAAACUCGGAGCAGUGAGAUGAAGAAGAAAGCCCGGAACCACCGAGUUUCGGCGCCGCAGAGGCCUCCGUCGCCCAUCAAGCCGUCGCCCAACAAGCAGAUCCUGACGUACGCUCAGGCGCAGCGCAUGGUGGAGUUCGAGCUGGACGGCCGCAUCCAUCGGCUCAGCGUCUUUGACCGGCUCGACGUGAUCUCUGACGGCGACCCCGUGUUGUGGGAGAUGGUGGAGUGUGCCAAAAACAAGGAGAACGCCGAUAAACCCCAGCAGCAGGUUCUGCUGCGGUCGGUCCGAUUGAAAAACAAUCGGGACAAGAGAAAAGCCGCACUCGGCGUCACUGCUCAGAAAGGAGGCAGCGGGCAUCCUGUCAGUGUUCAUCCCGGUCCAAAACUCCCAGAGCCUAAAUUUCGGACUGUAGAAUACAACUUGCCGGCAGUUCCUAAACGCCACACCGCUUAUUAUAAAUACGAAGAGAAGACCGAAGAAGAGCUCGAUGAGGAAACGGAGUACGACAUGGACGAGGAAGACUACGCCUGGCUUGAUUUGGUCAAUGAAAAGCGGCGAAGUGAGGGCGCCAGCCAGGUCUCUUUCAACGUCUUUGAGUUCCUGAUUGACCGCUUCGAGAAGGAGUUGUACUUGGAGGGGUUGGACCAAGGCAGCGAGAAGCAAGCGUCCGUCGACGACGACACGGUCUGCGCCAUCUGCAUGGACGGCGAAUGUCACAACGGCAACGCCAUCCUCCUCUGCGACGCGUGCAACGUGGCCGUGCACCAGGAGUGUUACGGCGUCCCUUACGUCCCCGAGGGCCAGUGGCUUUGCCGCCACUGCCUGCAGUCGCCGACGCGGCCCGCCGACUGCGUCCUCUGCCCCAGCAAGGGCGGCGCGGUGAAAAAGACGGACGACGACCGCUGGGGCCACGUGGUGUGCGCCCUGUGGGUCCCCGAGGUGGGCUUCUCCAACACGACCUUCAUCGAGCCCAUCGACGGCGUCCGGCACAUCCCGCCGGCCCGCUGGAAGCUCACCUGCUACCUGUGCAAAGAAAAGGGCGUCGGGGCGUGCAUCCAGUGCCACAAAGCCAACUGCUACACCGCCUUCCACGUCAGCUGCGCCCAAAAAGCGGGCCUCUUCAUGAAGAUCGAGCCCGUCAAGGACCUGACCGAGUCGGGCGAGCCCACCUUCUCGAUGAAGAAGACCGCCUACUGUGGCGCGCACACGCCCAACGGCUGCGUCAGGAGGAAACUUACGAUCUACGACGAGGUCAAACCCAAGAAUGGCCUGUGUGGUAAAGUUCGAAGAGCUGCUCACUGCAAGGGGAAACAAAAGAAGAAGACGAAGAAACCUGAGCCUGAUGAUGAAAGUGAAGUGGCAACUCCCGCCGUUGUGCCUACGUUCCCCGAUCAUAGGUUGCAAACCAUCCUCAACCAGGUAUCGGUCCAAAAAAAGAAAGCCUUCGUGGAGCUGGUCUUAAAUUACUGGACUCUUAAACGGCAGUCCAGGAAUGGGCUCCCGUUGAUCCGGCGCCUCCAGACGAGCCUGCAAUCCCAGAAAAACGCGCAGCCGGUUUGUUCAAAACAGAACGAGGAAGAAACGCGGGCGCUGAAGGAGCAGCUGAAGGAGUGGCACCGGCUCCGGCACGAUCUCGAGAGAGCCCGGCUGCUGCUGGAGCUCAUUCGCAAGCGGGAGAAACUCAAAAGGGAGGAGUUGAAAUUCCAAGAGAGCCUGCUCGAGAUGCAGCUCACUCCAUUUAACAUCCUGCUCCGAGCCGUCAUGGACCAGUUGGUGUCCAAAGACCAGGCCAGGAUCUUCACCCAGCCAGUUGACAUCAACGAGGUGCCCGACUACCUCGACCACAUCAAGUGCCCCAUGGACUUCUCCACCAUGCGGCAGCGCAUCGACGCCCAGAAAUACAGCAACUUUGACCAGUUCGAGGAGGACUUCGACCUCAUUGUGGACAAUUGCAUGAAGUACAACUCCAAGGACACCUACUUCUACCGGGCCGCCGUCCGCCUCCGAGAUCAGGGCGGGGCGGUGAUUCGGAAGGCGCGGCGGGAUGCGGAGAAAAUGGGCUUCGACGCAGUAAGCGGCAUGCAUCUGGAAGAAGUCCCUGAAGUAAAGAUAGCGUCAUUUUCCUGGGAGGAUGUGGAUCGCUUACUCGUGCCCGCCAACCGCAGCCAUUUGCCUCUGGACAAGCAGCUGCAGCAACUUCUGGAGAAGUUUGACCUUACCUGCGCCAUGAAGUCCAGCCCCUCCCGCAGCAAACGUAUCAAGCUGCUGAAAAAGACCAUCAAUGACGUGCGCAGCGACAUGAGCCUGAAGAGAGUCCAGCCCACCCCGCUCUGGCACCAGCGCAACAGCACUUCGUCCUCCGGAGCCUCUGCGUCGUCAGCGGCGUCUUCAUCCGAUGAGGUCGUGGCGAAGACCGAAGAGGAGACGUGGAAGCCGAACGGACAUUUCCCAGAUGACGAGGACAAGUCUCUCCCGCCGAAACUAGAACCCUCCGACGCCAUUCCCCCUCUCAUCCAUUCCGAGACCGACCCCGAGCCCCCUACCCUCAAACCCAUCGACGUCACCCCAGACUGCGACGAUAAGACUCACGCCACGGCCUCAAAGUUCGACGUCGACCGACCGAACACCCCGCCGUCCCCGCCCCACCUAAAUGGCCACUACCACAAUGACUUACAGCAUUCGCUGUUGGACGGCAACGUCAGCGUAGUGGCCACGUCCACCCUGGCCGAGCCGGCGGGCACCGUCAGUCGGCGGACCGCCGUGCUCUUCCGCAAUUCCAAAGCCGCCAGUCCACACAAGCUCGCGAGGGCCGGAGACGACGGCGGGCCCGACCGGGAAGACAGCGAGGAGGAGGUCGACGGCGGCAGCACGCAACUGGGUUCCAAAUCCUUCCUGUCGGUCGUGAUUCCGAGACUGGAGACCUUACUUCACGGCAAAAAGAGGAAACAUCUCGACAGCCAGGAGGAGCUCAAAGAGGAGGACACGUCUCCUGUUAAAAGACUUGACAUGGGGCUGUCGAGAGGUUUCCUGGAGUCCGAAGAGGAGAAAGAGCCGGGCCAGCCCAACAGAGCCAGCAGACCCGUGGAGCCGCGCAGACGCUGCGCCUCCGAGUCCUCCAUCUCCUCGUGCAGCAGCCUACCCGGAGGUCCCGGCACCAUCCUCAGUCUUCCGAAGUGCGGGAAAGGGAAACCUGCCUUGUUGCGAAGGAACACCGUGGACGAGAAGACUGAAUUGAUUGCCUGCAUCGAAAAUGGUAAUUUUGCCAAAGCUGCACGAAUCGCUGCAGAGGUUGGCAACAGCAACAUUUGGAUGCCCGCUAGUGCCGCGACAGUUGCACUGGAACCCCUCAAGCUAGUUUGGGCCAAAUGUAGCGGAUACCCCUCCUACCCUGCUUUGAUCAUCGACCCCCACAUGCCGCGCGUGGGCUGCCAGCACAACGGGGUGUCCAUCCCCAUGCCCCCCCUGGACGUGCUCCGCAUCGGAGAACAAAUGCAGUACAAAGCCGACGAGAAACUCUACCUCGUGCUCUUCUUCGACAACAAGCGCAGCUGGCAGUGGCUCCCUAGAUCCAAAAUGGUCCCCCUGGGCAUGGACAAGACCAUCGACAAGAUCAAGAUGAUGGAAGGCCGCACGUCCGGCGUCCGCAAGGCGGUCCAGGUGGCCUUCAGCCGCGCCAUGAACCACCUCAGCAUCGUGCGGGACGAGCCGGUCAGCGACCUCAGCGACGUGGACUGACGAGAGGACCCCCCCCCCCCCCCCACACACACACACACACCUCUCCCAUUCCCACUCGCACACACUCCACGAAUGUGCUGCUUGAAUGAAUGCCCCCCCCACACACACACACACAAACCCACGCGUCUCGCGUCUCCAAAUUUAAGCGCGCUAAAGAGACCCGUCUCCACUAUCCUCUUUCAUCACAUUUCGAAACUUACAUGAUUAAUUUGGCUCCGGUGUCGCUAUUUCAUUUUUUUUUUUUUUUUUAAUAGUUUUUAACUGUGGCACAAAAACUUUUCCUCGCCCACUGACGGUAACGUUUCUACCCGCAGUGGCAUUUGCGUAUGAAAUCAUGCCUAUUUACAAACACUCGCCUUUGUAUUUAAACUGUAAAUAUGUACACUUGCCCGACACUAACUUAUUUAGUAGUUUUGACCGACGUGACUGCUUUUUAUUUAUACUUGAUGCAUUUGUGGCACGACGGAGGAGAUAUGGAAAAAAAAAAAUAAGCCUUAUUGUUAAGCAGGUGACGGCUGAACCAACAUGUAUGAAAGUAUUCCUUUUUCCCCAUUUUAAAUUAUUGAACUUUUAUUAUCAAGCCUCUAUUUGGUAUUAAUCCUUUUGUAUUGAAUAGUGUAUUUUUGUUCCUAUAUAGUAUAUUUAUAUGGUUUGGAUACAAUAUGUGAAGCGCAGUCUUGAUUUUUGUCGAUGAACAAACCAAAAAAAAACUUUGCUACCCAGAUUUCUUUUUUUUUUUGUUGCUCGUUUUCUGCGGGAUGUCGUUGAACAUAUGUUGCCAAAAAAAAAAGUACAAAUGUAAUUUUUAUGUGACACAUUUGUGUAUUUUUAUUUUUUUGUAAUUGUUUAUGGUUGUAAGGGCGUGUGCCUGUGUUCCCGUUUUAAGCAUUUUCAUGGCUAUAUUCAUGGAACGAUGUGGAAAUUUUCCAAGUGGCACAUUUAGCGACGGAUUAUUGCUUUUUCAAAGUUUGAUUUUCUAACUUUUUUUGGGGAGAUGUCAGAAUACAGAUGGUUUUUUCUGGGUAUGAUUGGUUAUGUUAAUUUCUUGUAUUUAAUCAUAGUCAUUUAUAUCAAGUCAAAUCAACACAAAAAAGCAGAAAAUAAAAUAU